AAGCGCAGUCAAUAGGACAAACAUUGCGCCUGCCCAGGUGAUCACUAACCGGAACGCAUCACCGGCUUGAAGGUACUACGCUGGUUUGAGCAAUUGCUUUCUUCCGUCGACAGCAGCCAUGAAACAGCAAGUGGAAGAGGAGGAGACAACAGCUAGCCAGGCUACUCUAGGAGGAGUGGUGAAGAAGGCUGCUUUCAUGAUUAUUCCCAUCUUAGUUGUUACGAUAGCAGCCCGAAAUUCCGUUGUAUGGCACAUUGAACAUUUCUUUGGAGCUUCAAGGCUUCUUUUGACGUCAAUAUGGCUUCAUCUGUAUGCGUUGUUUGAUGGAGAUGAGAAGGCAUUAACUGUUUGGGGGACAUGGAUUUCUAUUACGUUGGUUUUCUGGCUUGGCGCUUCAUUCUUCUUGGCUCUUGAUUUGACGACACCGGCAUUCAUUCGUCCAUUUAAAAUACAGGAAGACAAGAACUUUCCAGUUGAUCGAAAGAGGUUGAUGAAAACCCUCAUGGUUGUUGUAUGUAAUGAGUUGUUAUUCAUUCCUUUUCUAUGGGCGAUGUAUUAUGUAAUGAAGUGGAGAGGAUGCACAUUUAAAGAUGAGCUACCAACCUUCCAAUGGUUCUUGAUUGAAUUUGUGGUGUAUCUUCUCAUUGAAGAAGUGGGUUUCUACUAUUCUCACAGGUUACUGCACCACCCGCUUCUCUACAAGUCAAUACAUAAGGUGCAUCAUCAAUGGCAGGCACCUCUGUGUAUCGUUGGUCUCUAUUGCCAUCCAGUCGAAAACCUUGUGAGCAACGCUAUGCCCAUUAUGGCGGGUCCUCUUAUAAUGGGAUCUCAUCUGUCUACAUUUUGGUUCUGGAUGGCGAUGGCAGCUCUCAAUACGCUCGUUUCUCACUGUGGAUAUCAUCUUCCAUUUCUUUUCUCCAACGAAUCACAUGACUAUCAUCAUGCAAAGUUCAAUCAGAACUUUGGUGUUCUGGGUAUUUUGGAUUAUCUACAUGGAACAGAUGCAGCUUUUCGUGAAAGCAUUUCGUAUGAUCGCCAUUUUGUUCUUUGUGGAACAACAUCAGCAAAGGAACUGGUACCAGACCGUGAGAAGCAAAAGUCUAAAUGUGAAAUAUAUGAUGUCUGCGAGUGACAACAACUAUUUAAUAUUAAUAGACUUUGCGCACACGCGUUAUUAUCAUCAUCAUUCUUAGCAAUGAUAAUAUAACUAACUGAUAACUAACUGAGUAUGGAGUUUAGUGUAAUGGCUGAUCUUGAAUGUAUUAAUGUCAUCUUGCAA